AUGGAGGCCUCUAAGAAGAAUCUAUUUGCCAUGAGUGACGCAGAAAUUUUGGAAGUCAUUUAUGCCACUCAUGAAGUUAGUCAUGACCACGAUUCCUUUGACGUUCAUUCUCUUUUCUCCAUCACUCAAAGCAUCAUUAAGUGUUCAAAGCAGAUCGUCGAUAGUAUCGACCAGAAGGUCCCCCAAGUAUAUGCUGAAAAUAUGGGUGGAAUAACUAUUGCACCCAGCUUCAGCACGCCCUUGUGCGUUUUAAAGUCCAUAGUUCGAGAGGUGCCAUGUAAGGCUCCAGGGGAAAAGAAUGCCCACGACGCCACGCUGAAAAUACUUAGCAAGGUGUCAAAGUAUUCAUGGGAAGCGAAGGCUGUGCUGGCUCUGGCGGCUUUUUCUUUGGAAUAUGGAGAGUUCUGGCUGAGUGCCCAGCAUCAACAAUCUGACCAACUUGCCAUGUCUGUGGCAUUCCUUAAGGGUGUGCCAAUCCUUCUCAAGCCCGAAAACCUCAAGAAACGCGGCAGAGCUAUCACUGAUCUCAACAAUGUGAUCAUGUCCACAUUGCAAGUGAUUGAUUGCAUCUUUCAAUUGGAGAAGCAUUCCAUCACUUAUAAUGAUGUAAAGGAGUUGAGAGAAAUCUUGGCAAAUGCAAGGAAAGAUAUCUGGGUGAAUGUCUAUUGGUGUAUCAUUACAACCGUAGCUUGCGCCACUAACAUCACCCUCCUUACUAGUGAUGAGGGGAACUCACACGACCUUGUCCAGUAUUCUCAGAAGAUCACAAUCAUCCUCAGUAAACUUAAGCAACAGCUUAAGAUCUGUGAAGAGGAAAUAGAGAAGUUACGGCCCUACAAGAAGCUCAAAAACCUCUUCCUAAUUCCUACUGAGAUUAUCGAGGUUAUGAAGAUCCUAAUCUUUUCAACCAUUUUCGACGGUUCCAUUAAGCAACUGGUUCACAUCGACAUCCUAAGGACGAAGAAUGUGUUGUUGUUCAUUUCGAGCCUAGAGAUAUCUGAGGAUUAUAUCGCUUGUCUCAGACCCAUAUAUGAUUUUACAAAGGAUAAUAAUGAGUAUAAGAUUGUUUGGAUUCCUAUAGUAGAGAAGUGGACUAAAGUUCUGCAACGCAAGUUUGAGGCCCUGCGGGCUAAGAUGCCAUGGUACACAGUAGGCCAGGCUGGUGCCCACAUUGCAGGCAUCAAGUACAUCAAGGAGGAUUGGAACUUUAAUGGUAAGCCUAUGCUGGUUGUGUUGAACACAAAGAGUCCGCUCCAACAUUUCAACGCUCUGCGCAUGAUUUCGAUAAUGAACAAAGACGAUUACAUUUUCUUCUACGGAGGGGAUUCAGUGUGGAUGAAUCAGUUCAAGGAGAAAGCAACUGCCCUUAUAAAUGAUGAAAUAAAAAAUGAACCAAAGAUUUCUAUUGAGUUAUAUCCUGUGGAGAAGAACGCAAAUAAUGACAGAGGGGAUGACAGCUUUAGCACCUUCUGGUCCGCCAUAGAAAGCAUGUUCCAUAUCAAGGUUAUCAAUAAGCAGAUUGAGGACGUGGUAAAACAAGUUCAGAAGCUGCUUUCCUACGAAGAUGACAAGAGUGGAUGGGCUGUUUUCAUCCAAGGCCGUAGGCUUGUGGCCCUUGGUGGUUCGACAAUGUAUACGGUUCUCGAGAAAUACCACACGUGGAAUCAGAACGUAACACUAACAGUAGAAAACUUUGGACAAGUUUUUAAUCAACAGCAUGAGACGGAGGUUGAAGAAACUGGUCACGUCUGCAGCUGCUUUAGCAUCCCAGGUGCAACUGGAAGCACCCUAGAGGCAAUGGUAUGCUACGAGUGUGGCAAUUCCAUGGAGACAUUCUUCAGCUAUAAGUGCUGCCAUGUCAAGAAGAAGGCGCACAUGGUGGGUGCUAAUGCGUCUGCAACAAAGAAGGAACGUCCCUCGCAUGAUUACUCUACUUCGAUUACUUCUGAUUAUGUCUCUUGGUCUCGUGGUGCGUGUAUUACAAUUACUACUAGUCGUAUGGCAAGUUGGAUUAAUGGGAAGAAGCCUGCUCCGUCUUCAGAUUCCGCUGUCUAUGCCGAAUGGGAAGAAGAUAAUUGCCUGGAGAUUGAUUGUCUGCGUCCACAUGAGUUUAAGUAUGAUGAUGAUGGGGCUCGUCGUCUGAAAGAAAUUGAAGCCAACCGAGUUUAUGAUUUUCUUGGAGGACUUGAUCCACCGUAUGAUGGUGUCCGUAGCCAUAUCCUUGCUCUUAGUCUUGUCCUGCCCCCUAUCGAAGCCUAUGCCAUGAUCAUGGAGGAAAACACCCGUCAGUCUGCUAUGCUUGGAGGAGGUUUAAUGGCCCUCAAAGUUGACCCAACACGUCAACGACCGAUCGCACAGCACGACACGACCGGUCGCUCCUCGUCCAUAAAAUUUUCUUCUCCUGCAGGGUCUCCUCCUUCUGGCUCUACCCCUAGCUCUCUUGACGGUCCUCCUAAGUGUCGUCAUUGUAGUGAGAAUCAUUACUUUGAGAAGUGUUUUAAGGAGCAUGGUUAUCCCGAUUGGUUUGCUGACUACAAAGCUCGUAUGUACGGUCCCAAGGCCGCCUGCACAGUGACUCAAAAUGAGGCUCGUCCUCCGGCCCCGUCUGCAAAUCUGUGUGCUUCCGAUACCAUGCCAUGUAUGGGUUCUAAUACUUGGAUAAUUGACACUGGUGCUUCUGAUCAUAUGACUUAUGAUGAUAAUAUGUUUGAUGAGUUGUCUCAUAACCCUCGUGACCUUUAUAUUACUAGUGCUAAAGCUGGGUUGGAAGUGGCCGCUGGACCUGUUGCACAUCGUUCUGCGGCUUUAUCUACUGGGCCACCUGAACAAGGGGCUCGGCUGUUGCGACCGAGCUGGGCGGCAUUAGAUAAGCGUCGUAGGUUUGACCGGGGUGCGUAUGUGUUGCUGUUGGAAUGGUUGGACCGUACUGAAUGUGGGAGCCUGACGGAAAUAAUGACGCUUGUAACGGUGAAACGGUCGGAUUGCUCUGACCGUACUGCUGUGACGAAGCAGCGGUCGCGUUGCUUGGGCCAUGAUGGGUCUGGACGGCCAUGA